UGGGAGUGGUGGACGCAGAAGAAGAAGGAGGAGGAGAAGAAGUUGCCAGCAUGGCGUUUACACUGUACUCUCUCAUCCAGACCGCUAUUCUGUGCACUAAUGCAGUCGCUGUGUUGCACGAAGAAAGGUUUCUCAGCAAGUUCGGCUGGGGGGUCGACCAGGGAGUUGGAGGUUUUGGGGACGAUCCGGGUGUCAAAGCUCAGAUUCUAACCCUCAUCCGCUCGGUUCGCACUGUCAUGAGAGUGCCUUUGAUAAUAGUGAAUACAGUCUGCAUUGUCCUCUUGUUACUCUUCGGUUGACGGCGGUACACUGAGCACCAAUCAAGCCAGAGGACCAGACGUGCCAAAGAACAACCACAAACUUAAACACAGAGAAAUAUCCAUCAGUUAGAGACUUCGCCAGUCAUCAGCAGAGUGAAGAACGGCAUGGAAUUCGAAAAAACUUAAACAUUUUACACUCAAAGACAAGAUGAAACAACCCAACCACAAGUCACAGAAAGUGUGGCCUAAACACCAGGACUAACCCUGACCUCACCUGCGUGUCAGUGGGACACAAAAAGGACACAAUGGAAAUAAUGAUUCGUCAUAUCGCCACUUUGUGUUUCAUAGUGUGUUUGUCCUCGUUUCAACACUCCGAUACAAUGGUUUAAUCAUAAUGUAUGUUUUAUCAUCUUGUUACAAACGAUAAUGUAAAACAGUUUUUACAGCAGUAGGGCUUGACAAUAUGUAAAAAAUGAGGUGCCAUUUUUAUUUAUUUCAAACUGGAAGUAAGUUAAAAGUGUUUUUAGGCUGCCAACUUGUAUUUCAGGACUUCAUUCUGAUAGUGUAUGCUUUAGAGUCCAAAACCUACUUGGCGUUUCAUAGGUGCAAUAUACAGAUUUUACACAAACAGUCAGACAAAUGUUCUGUGAUUUAUCCGUAUGUUAAAUGUGGUUAAAUGUUUUAAUCUAGAUUCUAAGCAAUACUGCCAAACGCAGCUCAAAACAAUCCACAUGUGUACUGUUUACACAUCAAUUCCCUCUCAUUGUAAUAGUAAUGAGAUGUUUUUUUGUCUUGAAAUAAAUGUAUUAUUCAAUUCUUUA